CUCAGUGUCAAAGAGAAACAUAAAACUUAAAGUUUGUAAUUAUUGAUUGGAUGAUUCAUGAUAGAAAGUCUAUAUAAAUCAGUUUGGAGCAGAUUCUUGAAAAUGAUUCAAUAUGUUUUCAUCCUUAUGGUUUACCUAUCAAAGGGGUUUUCAGAUAACAUAGACAUCAGUGGUCAAAAUCAUUUGAAGAUUGUUAAUACUGGAGACCGUGUUGAUUUCACUUGUAUGUUUCCAAGAGUAACAAGAUUAAGUGUUGGGUGGAUCAAGGUUAGAGUUGGAGAGAAGCCACGUCUGAUUGCUUCAAUAAAUCGAGCUUUAACUCUAAUGGUUGAAAAUGACUUUAAAAACCUUGCCCGCUUUACUGUAGUAAAGGAUGAUGGUAGUUUCAAUCUGAGUAUUUUAAACAUAGAAGAGUCAGACACUGCAACAUACUAUUGUUUUAAAUUUAACUUUAAAUUAACCUUUGAGGAGGGCACGGAUCUCAUUGUUAAAGCUGGAUUUCAGAAACCUGUAAUAGAUCCAGUGGAGCAAGAAGACUCUGCAGUGGCCAUGCAAUGUACAAUUCUUACUCAGAGCUGUGCAGGAGAUCAGAAUGUUUACUGGUUCAGACAUGAAUCUGAAGAGUCUCCUCCUGGAAUUAUAUACACUCAGGAACGCAGGAAAGGACAAUGUAUUAUGAGUUUUAAUGAUAACUCAACCGCACAGAAAUGUAUUUACAAUCUCCCCAAGAACAAAGUCAGUCACUAUGAUGAUGGAAUUUACUAUUGUGCUGUGGCCUCAUGUGGGGAGAUACUAUUUGGAGAUGGAAGAAAAGCUGAUUUACACAUUACAGACACCUUUAAGGGGUUUCAAACACUUUGGAGUACAAUUACCCUGGUGUUAGCAACUUUAAACAGUUUAUCAGUGAUUGUGAUUAUGUUUCUGAGCACAGUGUUGUACAAGCAAAAGCAAAAAGUAGGGAUCCACAACACUCCGCCUGGUCAGCUGAUGAAUGAAAACACAGAUGCUUUGAAUUACACAUCCAUCAGUUUUCGACCUGAGCCUUCCACCUCCAAAAUGUCCAGAAGAACAAAUUCACAAGAUAAUAAUUCAAUAUAUACACAUGUAAGCAUGGCCGCGGGAAGUGGGGGUGCUGCGGGUGCUGCGGGUGCUGCAGCACCCCCUGUUGGCGAGAGGGAGAUUUUUAAAAAUGUUUAGAUGGGUUGCUCGGCGACGUCAUUAACUGGUUGCGAGAGGCAGAAAGAAAAGACGUUGCUUGUGUUGUAGGCUAGCUGUGUCUGUAAGUCAAAAUGCAAAGGAGUUGUUGUGUGGAUAAUAGUACCAACAGAGUCAGUGCUGGGUGCCUGAUGUUAACAUACCAGUAAAUGCGACUAUUACGUUACUAGCCCAACAUUAUAAUUCAUACAUGUAUCACAGUAACACUGCAAAAAUAAAGACAGAAAAACAGUUCCAACUAAAAUCAAGUUUUAUUUAUAUACAAACAAUAAAGAACGCUUCAAUAAUUAAGGUUGUUGCAGUAGCGGAUCAGCUCACCAAUCGGGCUUUCUGCCUCCUGGAUGCUCGCGCACCCUGUAAUGUUUGUAAACCGGCAACCCCGUCUAUAUAUUACUUAUAACUAUUUUAGGAAAUUAUUUUUGACACACGUAGGUUAUUACGUGUAUUUUGGAUUUUAAUUUCUCCGUGGCCUCAUCCGAGCGCACUUCUCCGCCUUGCGUCUUUUGAAGACAUGGGUAUACGCACUCACCAGAACCCAGAAAAGACUCACACACUUUUGGCUGAUGCAUGCCCACACAGAAAUUCUAAACUCCCUGGCCCUGGGCAUUCGUCCCCUCAUGAGAGACUUUGGACUUUAUUAUACAACCGGCGCAAUGCGCGAGGCGAGUGUCUUUUGCUAGAGUAAAGAGCGCGUUGAUAAUAUGCGCAUAUUAACGGGAUGACAACGCGGGUUUGUUAUCACAUACAUGAAUGCGAAGCAUCACAAACAUAAAUGAUGACCGAUUACGACGUUAGAAGGCGCAAAGAGCUGCUUCAUCUGUAGCUAAGUAAAUAAAUGAUUUGCUUUUAAACAAAUGCAUCUAUUUUUAAAUGCUUCCCCACGAAUGUAUUGUAUAUGACUCUUUACCUGUGGAUAUGGUGAAAUGAGAACGUUUGUAAAUUCUUUAUCUCUUGUUUGUAACAAAUAAAGUAUUUUUAGAGUACAAAUAUAUAAAGCCUAAUAUAUUCUAAAAAUGUAAUUAUACAGCAUGUAUUUCUUUAUAAAAGUAUACAAUAUCAGAACUAAACCCAUUAUUAUUUUUGUUCAAUGUAUGAAUUAUUUAUAAGUAAAAAAAGGCCAGCGAUAGUACUACUAUUUAGUAAAAAAAGGUCUAUCUAGGUAUGUAAUUGUGAGAAUAUUUUACCACUGUUAAUCGACGUGUGAUCCUAACUUAGAAACGAAAGUAAAAUAUGUUCGUCUGAACAUUGAAAAUUUUGAAGUUUAUUUAAUAUUAUAUGUUGUUAUAAUAUUAUAUGUUGUAUGUAAAUAUAUAUAUGUAAUGUAUGUCUGAAGUUGUAACGAAAGUAAUUUCCCCUGGAAUUGUUAUAAGUAUUUCUGCUUCUGAUUAAUAGCGCAAAUAUUAAUCUGAUGUCUGUGCGUUUCAGACCCUGCUGUGUGCACUAAAGUGUAUAUGACAAUAAAGUAGUGUGAAACUCAAUGUAUUUAUUUUUAAAAUGUAUUUUAAAUAGGCCUAUAGGCUCAUAGGUUUUUUGUAAAAAAAAAAAAAUUCACAGCACCCCCUGUUCAAAAUGACUUCCAGCGGCCCUGCAUGUAAGAUGUCAUUGAAUUUUACUAAAAUUAAGUUUUAUUCAUGUGUCUUGAAAGUUAAAAAAAAAUUAGGGGCUUAAGCCUAGUUCAAGAAGAACCUUUUUUGGUUUCUCAAAGAACCAUUUCUUUUAUACCUUCUUUUAUACCUCAUAUGAAGAACCUUGUUUCACCUUAAAAGAACCUUUUGUAAAACAGAAAUGUUCUUUAGAUGUUCUUCUAUGGCAUCGCGAAGCACUUUUAUUUUUAAGGUGUACUGUAUCUUUAAUAUAUCUGCCAUUGUUUUGUCUCAGCAUGCACAUCAUUAAAUGUUUUGCAAGCUAUGUUUGUAAAAACUACUUAAAUGUCCUAAUAUAUAAGAACUAGAUUUAUCUAAGCCCUCUCCUGAAAAUUUCCCCUUACAGUAAUAGUAAAAAUGAUGGUAAGCAGGUAA